ACUUCAGUCAUCUUGUCCACCUCACCUUGUGCGCUUGUUGGUGUGUGAGCUUACCAUUCUUAGGGAACAACUGAUUGUCAUCGCGUAUGCAAACAGAUCGCUGUUAAGCGACCCAGUCAAUCAUUAUCUUCAUUGGUUUCCUUGGCUUAGUGGCAUUUUAAGCUCAUCGUAUUGCCCAACUCACCAGCGCUUCUUAGAAGAUAUUGAGAAUUAUUCGCGGAUCAGUUACUGUAGCACACGUAUGCAGAAAUGAUGCGAUAGUUUUCUACAUGAAACAGUCGCAAACCGCCGCCGUAGCAAAGGCACUUCCAACGACAUUGUGAAAACAUGAAACGAGCCCUUCUGAAUUUCCCGUCCAUUCCAUGCGACCUGCUGGAUUCCAGCAAGCGAGAGGAUUUUGCGCCAAUCCUGCAAGAGAGUGUUCCCGUCAACAUUGUACCUAACGGACGCACGCCGCCUAUCUACGUGAUAGGAGAGAAUGGCAAGACUAGCACCAAAAUUAGCCCUCAUCCUCACAUACCACCGUCUAAAGGGCCAUUGAAAUCGAGGCUGUCUUGCGACUUCAUGGAUACAGGAAUUUUGCCGAAUGCCUCCUUACUACCACCUCACGGGUCAUCGACAAUCAGUGGAAACAGCGGCCAUUAUGCCGGCGUUGAAGAGACCAGCGGAUGGAGUCGAUUUAAGCUUCUUUUGUGGAAGAACUGGGUGAUCCAGAAGCGACACAAAAUUCAAACUCUAGUUGAAAUUGCCUUACCUGUCUUCUUCGCCUCCCUGCUGGUCAUUAUUCGCGAUUUGGCCCCGGCCGACGUCUUCCAAAAUGCUACCAUCUAUCCGGCGUAUCGUCUGAGUCAAAAUCUGCCCGACAUUCCAUCGGGUUCGAUUGCCAACAUGCCGUUACCAACUGUUGGAUCGAAGAUAAAUUUGGACAACAUCUCUGCCUUGGAAACGCUGAGUUCGCCCUCUUCAAUCAUGAUGUCGACAUUCAGUUUUGAUCCGUCAUUGAACUUUGACCCGUUCGGCUUAUUGCCACCGCGUAAGUGGCCUGUUGCCUGGGCGCCCAACAACACAGUCGUUCGCAACGUUAUGGAACGAUUGGCCAGACGUUCUAAUCUGCGUGUCAGUGAUUACGGGUUUGCCACCGAAGAAGACAUGGAAGAUUACAUCAUGAAGAACUAUAACGCCGGUUUAGGAGUGAAAUCUUCAAUCGACUUUCUCGGCGGAAUAGUCUUCACCAAUUCAUUCCCGAAGGAUGACACUUUCCCCAAAGAUAUUCAGUUCAAAAUUCGGAUGAAAGGCUCGCCAAGGGUGAUGAACAACGACCGUAGCCCGUGGUCACCGGUCGAGACGUGGAUGACCGACUACCAGUUUCCCAUUUUUCAAUUGCCUGGACCUAGAUUCAAGAAUCGAACUGAAGGCGGAAAUCCUGGUUACUACAAGGAGGGUUUUCUGACGCUUCAGGAUGGCGUCAGCCGUGUCCUAAUUGAAAUGCUCUCGGGAAAGAGCACAAAUGACAUCGACAUUGAGAUGAGACGCUUUCCUUAUCCCAUCUACGCCGACGACAAAUUCCUAGUGGCACUUCAAGGCUGGCUGCCCUUGAUCAUUAUGCUCAGCUUCAUCUAUCCGGCACUUAACAUUGUCAAGAGCAUUGUCCAUGAAAAGGAAAGACGCCUCAAGGAAUCGAUGAAAAUGAUGGGGCUUCCCAACUGGUUGCAUUGGACAGCCUGGUUUGUCAAAUCAUUGGCCUUUAUCCUCAUUACUAUCAUUCUGAUUACUGCCUUGCUAAAGGCUCGCUGGUAUGGAGGGUCAACACUCGCAGUCCUGGAGAAAUCGGAUGGAACCCUGUUCUUCUUUUUCCUGCUCAUCUUCGCCAUCACAAGCAUUUCAUUUUGCUUCCUUAUGACCGUCUUCUUCUCUAAAGCUAAUUCGGCUGCGACUGGAGCCGGUAUCAUCUGGUUCUUCACAUAUUCGCCCUUCUUCUUCUUGCAGUUGCGCUACGCUACCCUGACUCGAACUGAUAAGCUGAUUUCCUGCCUGUUCUCGAACACGGCGAUGGCGUUCGCUUCACAACUCAUGUCCAUGUUCGAAGGCUCCAGCGAAGGUAUUCAAUGGCAGAAUAUAAACAGAGGCGUUUCACCUGACGACGACUUCACGUUUGGUGAUGUGCUCAUCAUGCUCACCAUCGACGCGGUUAUCUAUCUUCUUUUGGCGCUAUACAUUGAAGCCGUGUUUCCUGGUGAAUUUGGCGUCCCUCAACCUUGGUACUUCCCAUUUACGAGAGAUUACUGGUGCGGUAGCUCCGUUGCCGCUCAAGAUAUUACAUUAACGGGUGCUGAGCGUACGUCUCGUAACGCCGAGUAUAUAGAAGAAGAACCAAUCGGAUUAAGAGCUGGCAUUCAAAUCAAAGGCCUCACCAAAGAGUAUCAUAAAGGGAAAUUGGCUGUCAAUAACAUUCAUCUGAACAUGUACGAGAGCCAAAUAACAGCUCUGCUGGGCCACAAUGGUGCCGGAAAAUCGACGACAAUGUCCAUGCUGACUGGCCUUUUCCCACCUACCACGGGGACUGCCCUGGUCAACGGUUUCGACAUUCGCAAAGAUAUUCAAAGCGUUCGCGGUAGCCUAGGCUUGUGCCCUCAACACGACAUUCUCUUCGAUGAGUUGACUGUUGAAGAGCACUUGGAUUUUUUCUGUAAACUCAAAGGAUAUCCGUCUCAUCUGGUCAGGGCCGAGACCGAUCGCAUGGUGAAAGCCUUGCAACUGGAGAACAAACGUCGGGCAAUGUCUUCAACUCUUUCGGGAGGCAUGAAACGCAAACUCUCAGUUGGCAUCGCUCUCUGUGGCGAAUCUAAGGUUGUCAUGUUAGAUGAGCCGACUUCCGGUAUGGACCCAUCCGCACGUCGAUCAACGUGGGAUCUUUUGCAAUCGGAAAAGGUAGGCAGGACCAUCCUGCUCACCACCCAUUUUAUGGAAGAAGCUGACCUGCUAGGCGAUCGGAUAGCUAUAAUGGCUAGCGGACAGAUUCAAUGUUGCGGUUCAUCCUUAUUUCUGAAGAAGAAAUAUGGUGCCGGUUAUCACUUGGUGAUUGUUAAAGAAAAUGGGUGCGACGUUCAGCGCAUAACUGAACUCAUCCGUAAAUCCAUCGCUGAAGUAUCCGUCAACCAGAAUGUCGGUGCAGAAUUGACCUACCUACUACCUAGCGACAAGUCACAUCUCUUCCAGCAAAUAUUCGAAGAACUUGAGCAAAACCGACGAUGUUUGGGAAUCUCUAGCUACGGAGCAAGUGUCACCACAAUGGAAGAGGUAUUCAUCCGCGUCGGUGAAAUCAACGCCGGACAUCACGAAAUCGAACGACAGAAUGCCAACCGGGAGGACACGUUAGUCAACCUCAACUCGGCCUCGUCCACGCAAAGUCUGCUGCAAGAGGGUGCCAACGGCGAUCUUCGUAACAAGGGCUUCAAUUUGUUCUUGCAGCAGUUUCGAGCCAUGCUGAACAAGAAAUUGGUGUACACCGUUCGAAAUUGGCUACUUUUCACCGCGCAGCUCUUGAUACCCGUGGUUUUCCUGGCCAUUAGUUUAGUCGUGGUACAAACAGUUCCAGGCGUCACCAACUCCAAGUCUCUGCCCAUCCGCUUAGAGAACUACUUGUCGACUAGCACGCUGGUCGAGCUGGCCACUCCCGACAACAUCCUUGCCCGAAAUUUGACGGAGAUCUACGCAGACCAGUUCGAUACAGCCGGCAACAACAAGUACGAGCGCGUUGAUCUGCUCAACCAGAGCAUGCUGGAGUGUUAUACGGACCGAGCUAGCAGUGACCUUCCGGGUGUGAAUCUCCAUCUGUUAACGGGUGUCACCUUCCGCACGCUGCCUACGCGCAGACGGCAAACGGAAAAAGUGCUGGCUACCGCCUGGUUUAACAACCAACCCUAUCACGUUCCUCCGCUCACCCUCAACCUCAUUCACAAUGCAUUGCUGAUCCAUCGCACCGGUGAUUCAGAGUAUCGACUGACUGUUACCAAUCAUCCGCUUCCGUUCGACGACUUUAGCAAACUCAAUAACGACGCUUCCAGCAGCUCACUUGGCUUCCAGGUUGGGUUCAACAUUUCAUUCGGGAUGGCUUUCCUCGCCGCCAGCUUUGUCAUCUUUUUAGUGAAAGAACGUGUGACGAAAGCAAAACAUCUGCAAUUCGUUUCGGGCGUUAACUUUGUCACAUUUUGGCUGGCCAACAUGACUUGGGAUUUCAUCAAUUUCUUGGUGCCUUGCGCUGGCAUCCUCAUCACGUUCUUAUGCUUCAAAGAAGACGGUUUCAUAUCGUUCGAACAGCAAGGUCGCCUCGUAUUGGUUUUUGUCCUGUACGGAUGGGCCAUGCUACCGCUGAUGUAUCUCCUUUCGUUUCUCUUCUCCAUCCCGGCCACUGGAUUUACCCGCACAACAAUGUUCAACAUCUUUACCGGUAUGGCCACGCUAAUCACGGUUGUGAUCUUGCAAAUUCCAGAGUUGCAACUGGUUGAAGUUGCCGGUGUCUUAGAUUGGAUUUUCAUGACGCUGCCUAACUACAGCCUUGGCAUGGCAUUCAACAAUCUCUACACUAAUUCGCGGGCUGUUGAAUACUGCACACGGCCAAUCGUUGUCUUCGCAUGCAAAACCGGUCUCCGGCCUAAUCCUUGCUGCAAAAAUACUGGAAACUGCGGCACGUCGGCUUGCAUACAAUACAACGAGGAUCCUCUAGGUUGGGAAGGCCUGGGAAUCGGACGGAUGAUAACCUUCCUUGCAGUGGAUGGUCUCUUAUUUGUAGCCGUCCUAAUACUGAUCGAACUCCGCUUAUGGCAGAGAUUUUGCGAUUUCUGCUGUACACUCUACCCGGCUUCUAGCGAUGAACUUGGCUUAGCCAAUCCCGAGCAUGGAGUAGUUGUUCCUGCCGAAGACGAUGAUGUGGCGAGAGAGCGUGAGCUGAUUCAAAGUAAACCUGUUACCGUUUUGCAGAAGGAAAACAAUCUUGUUAUCAAGGAUUUGGUUAAAUACUACGAUCAAGGAUUCCGAGCAGUGGAUCGUUUGUGUUUAGGCGUGCGGCGAGGGGAAUGCUUCGGCUUACUUGGCAUUAACGGCGCCGGCAAAACGACUACCUUCAAAAUGCUCACCGGAGACAUCGGAGUAUCAAACGGUGAUGCCUAUCUCGAUGGAUUCAGCGUUUGCAAGAACAUGAAAGCGGUUCAGCGGCGUCUAGGUUACUGUCCUCAGUUCGACGCGACGAUUGACGAGAUGACAGGGAGAGAAACUCUCCGGAUGUUCGCAAACCUGAGAGGCGUCCCAGAGCGUAGUAUUGAGGCGGUGGUGGAAGACCUGACUGACAAGCUUCUCCUUCGAGAACAUAUUGAGAAAAAAGUCAAGGAACUGAGCGGUGGCAACAAACGCAAAUUGAGUACUGCCGUUGCUCUUAUUGGCGAUCCGCCAAUUGUUUUCUUAGACGAGCCUACCACUGGUAUGGAUCCAGUAGCGAGAAGACAGCUCUGGGACACGAUUGCCCGGGUUCGAGACAGCGGGCAGGCCAUCGUUUUGACGUCACACAGCAUGGAAGAAUGUGAAGCCUUGUGCACGCGGAUCGCCAUUAUGGUCAAUGGCCAGUUCAAGUGCCUUGGUUCCUCUCAACAUUUGAAGAGCAAAUUCGGCCAGGGCUAUACGCUGAUAGCAAAGGUGCGCGCGUCACCGGAGGCCACGCUUCCCAACGGUGCCUCUUCAACACAUUCAUCGAUAGACCAAGAAGAUUCCAGUCGAGGAGGACGAUCCAUUCGUUUUCGAUCUGGGAGUGCAAAGACGAUCAACAGUAAUAUCGUCUCUGCUCAGAAUCCUUUACGGGCUAUACCUGAUAUGGGACCCAUCAUGGAUUUCAUCCAGACUAGUUUUCCUGGUGCCCAGCUAAAAGAUUACCAUCAAGGACUGGUACAUUAUCAUUUACCUGAAGCAGGUCAGUCAUGGGCCCGUAUAUUCGGUUUGAUGGAAAGCGCCAAAAACAAGUAUCAAAUUGAGGAUUAUUCCGUCGGCCAAACUACCCUUGAACAAGUCUUUUUAAAUUUUGCUAAAAGUCAAGUGGGGGAGGACGUCAAUGGUCGCGGUCGAACCCAUAUGAACGUAAUUAACAACCUUAUAUAUAGCUUUUGCUCCUGCUCGAAGAUGUGUUCGUGGGAGUGUGCCGUUGAUUUUGACUGAAUGGUGAAUCAGGCGCUCCGAUUUACUCGUUCACUGUGCUACUGCUCUUCUAUGCGAUGCUGAUGUAGAUCGAGAAAGUGUGCAUCGUCUCUUUUGCCACCUAAGUGCAAGGAUUUGAAUCUGGGUAUGACCGAACUGUGCGUGUGUUUACUAAAGCGCGAAUGUAGCUGUCUGAGUUUUUGUGCCAAGAAAUAUUUUGCGCAACAUGAACCUUGCUUUCAUCUAAUGUCCUUGACAGUCGGAGGCAAGUCGAGCGCAUCAUUUCUGUACUGCGACAAUCAAGAAAGGUUGUUAAGGCUUUGUUUACCUUCGCAUAGCCGUGUAUGGAUUAGUUCAGUACGGUGCAGUUCAAUUUAUUUCUUGUGCGGUAUGCAAGUUUUUACUUCCUCGUUGAUUUCUCCGAGGAAAUCGAACCACUCUUCAGCGUACAUAAUUUAUUCUAUGUGUGUGCAUGUGUUCGGUAUGUACAUGCGUCACCACUACACACACAUCUGGGAAGCAGUCCUAAAGCAAUUUCCGUCUUAAUUUAGUGAAAUAGUGUUUGUGAGAGAAGUAAAAAAAAAAAAAAAAAAAAUUAAAAAUAAUAACAGAUGAUGUGCUCGACUGCUCAUAUACUUUGGCCUGCAUUGGUUGCGAUUUAUUUAUAUCUAAAUUAUUUUUUAACUUAUUCGGAAGUAAGACGGGACGUUAGCUGCAGGAAGUAAAUUAACCAGCUCACUCCUAACUGUACAUCAUCACUCUAAAAAGGUCGUUUGUAUCUGGCAUUUGUAUUUGUUUUAUGCUUUCCUUUACCUAUUUUUCUAAGUUGACUUCCAAUGUAUUCUUAGCGCAUUUGAUGUCUAAACAAAUGAGUGUGACAUCAUGGAAUAUUUUUUACAAUUAUUAUUUAAGGGGAAUUGACGAAUGUGUAAUACAGUGUACGUUAUGACAAUCUGUUUGCUCAAAGAUGCGAAAUAAAAGAAAUUUAUUGAA